AGAGAAAUUUUGUGUGGGAAACCAAGACGGUACCAAGACCCUUUUAACAAACUAUCCAACUAUUUUUGCUUUUCCACCCAACGAUUGCAUCUAAUUGCCACGUCUUCAUAAUCUAAACUACUAAUUGUCAGAAUGGAAGAAAUACUAGGCCGAGAGAUGGAGCCUCCUCUUUCACUUCGGAAGUUUUUAAAUGAUUGGAAGACAUUUCUAGAACCUAUGAUUAUACCGAAAUGUCAUGAAGAUAUUCAAAUAACAAUGAAUUUAUCUGAAAGCCCAACACGUUUCAAAGUCGUAACCACUCAAUGCUCGUUAGAGCAACUAAAACAAGAAAAUGAUGCCAACAUUAUAACAUUUGAACCAGGAAUUGCAAACUCCUCCCGUAUUCCCUUAAUAGUUAAUGAGACCGACUUAAAAACAUAUAACGAGCUUAUUAAGGGUAAAACCAGCACUCAACAUCGGAAUCCUUUUAAACGCUCAAGGGAAACUUAUGCUAUGGUUGCGCUUCCAGUUCGGCAACAAAGUGAGAAAUAUGAAUCUAGUAACUUUUACAAUGACAUAAUUGUAAAAGUGCGCAUUUACCGUCCAGCACGUGUUGUUCAUACUGGUCAAAGCUUAGAGAAACCUGUAUUUUCCGAAGAAUUUGAGUGUCUAGGCUCGAAUUAUCUUAGUGAUUUGCGCGAUAAGAUAUCCUGUGUGUGCAAAAAGAAACGUUUCUUCGAUAUUAGCAAUAAUCCCAAUGCUGAACUACCAGUAAAGACAACAGAUCCAGCAUAUUUCUUUAUAAACAAUACCUUUUAUAACGACCGACGAAAUUCCGAUAACGCUGAUUACUCAGAGGUCAUUCGAAAUUGGGCCAAAAAAGCCAUUGGGCUUAAGGAUUUACGUUUCGAAGUAGCGCAAAUGGAAACUACACAAUUUUUAGAUUUAAAUGUUAGCAUAGGUUUCCCUCAAUUAUACCAGCAUCACGGCAAUUGUGAGCAUGUCUUCAUCAUAUCCCAAGUCGAAGUGCUAACACCUGGAGUAGCGUGCAGCCAGCGUCAACUAUAUCCGCGUCUAAGCUCUUUCGGUCAUUUUAACAAUCGUGUAUGCAAUAUGUGUGGCACACGGCGGUAUACAUUUAUUGUAACGAAAAGUGAUCGUCAACUACACGAUCCUGCAUAUGUUUGCAACAAGUGCUUCUUUGACUACCAUUACAUCGAUGGAAAAAAAAUUGGCAAUUUCCAGGCCUACAGAGUGAAUGAGUACAAUGAAGAGGAAGAAGUAAUGAACUUGAAUGAAAAGACGGGAGUUGAAGAAGAGUAUGCCUCGGAUGAGAAUGGCGAAUUAGCUAGUGUGCAGAGAACAAACAGCGAGACGGAAGAAGACAAGGAGACUGUUCUUGGAUGAGUUGAUUUUGAGUCACAGUGAUAGUGUAAUUACUCUAGACGUAAGGUUAACGUAAGUUACUUAAAGGCUUAAAGAUGUUUACACAAGCUGUCAAAUUAACUGUCUCAUACAGUCUCAAGCCAAAUAAAUGAAAGCAUUACAGUUUUUCA